CGAAAUGUGAAACGAAAUUCGAAGCGAAAUGAGAAACGAAAUGCGAUGCGAAAUGUGAAACGAAAUGUGAUGCGAAAUGUGAAACGAAAUGUGAAACGAAAUGUGAAACGAAAUGUAAAAUGCCAGAUGAACCGAAAUAUGAAACGACAGAUGAAGCGAAAUAUGAAAUGA